UGUUACGCGCCUUACAGUGAACACAGCAGCUUUACUCAUAAAAUAAUCAUUUUAAAAAUAAUUAAAUGAAUAAACACUUAUAAUUUUAGCAUUUGUCACUGAAUAUCAUACUUAUUUUGAAUUGAUAUAAAAAAAGCUUCUCUUUAGCUUAACUUGACCUUGCUAGUUCUUUUCCGUUCAGCUACCGCGAUUGGAACAUGUCUUAUUCACCAGAAAGAAGAGCCGAAGAUUGGCCGGAGGAUUCCAAAAAUGGGCCUAAAGAUCAAGGAAAUUAUGAUGGCCCUCCAGGUAUGGAUCCCCAAGGAGCACUCGAUACAAAUUGGCAUCAAGUCGUGGAAAGCUUCGAUGACAUGAAUUUAAAAGAAGAGUUGCUGAGAGGAAUUUACGCUUAUGGUUUCGAAAAGCCAUCGGCUAUUCAGCAGCGUGCUAUUAUGCCGUGUAUCCAAGGACGUGAUGUCAUAGCUCAAGCCCAGUCUGGAACUGGCAAGACAGCUACUUUCUCCAUUUCUAUUUUGCAACAAAUUGACACUAGCAUUCGCGAAUGCCAAGCAUUGAUUUUGGCCCCAACCAGGGAGUUGGCCCAACAGAUUCAAAAAGUGGUGAUUGCACUUGGUGACCAUUUAAAUGCUAAAUGCCAUGCUUGUAUUGGUGGAACUAAUGUCCGUGAAGACAUUCGUCAACUGGAAAGUGGUGUGCAUGUGGUGGUUGGUACUCCAGGUCGUGUAUACGACAUGAUUACUCGUCGUGCACUCCGUGCUAAUACAAUUAAGCUCUUUGUGCUUGAUGAAGCUGAUGAAAUGUUGUCCAGAGGUUUCAAAGAUCAAAUUCACGAUGUAUUCAAGAUGCUGUCUGCAGAUGUUCAAGUCAUAUUGCUCUCUGCUACUAUGCCCGAUGAUGUACUGGAAGUUUCACGUUGCUUCAUGAGGGAUCCUGUCCGCAUUCUUGUGCAGAAAGAAGAGCUUACCCUGGAAGGUAUUAAGCAGUUCUUUAUCGCCAUUGAAAUGGAAGAGUGGAAACUUGAGACCCUCUGCGAUUUAUAUGAUACCUUGUCAAUUGCCCAAGCUGUCAUUUUUUGCAACACCCGCCGCAAGGUGGACUGGCUCACUGAGUCAAUGCAUGAGCGUGAUUUCACUGUGUCUGCUAUGCACGGUGACAUGGAUCAACGUGAGCGUGAAGUGAUCAUGAGACAAUUCCGUACUGGAUCUUCUCGCGUCCUCAUCACCACCGACUUGCUAGCGCGUGGUAUUGACGUACAGCAAGUCUCGUGCGUCAUCAACUAUGAUUUGCCAACUAACCGCGAGAAUUACAUUCAUAGAAUCGGAAGAGGCGGUCGUUUCGGCCGUAAGGGAAUCGCCAUCAACUUUGUUACUGAAGCUGAUAAACGAGCGUUGAAAGAUAUUGAGGAGUUCUACCAUACAACUAUUACGGAAAUGCCCAGCGAUGUGGCUAACCUCAUCUGAGGAGCCUACGCUUCCCGGUUUAUAUGUGUCCUGCAUUCUAUCUAUUGCGAUAUUUAUAAGGUGUGUGUAUUAGGAGAGAUCUCCUAAUUACCGCUGUGCCGAUUUUUUUUUAUUGGAACUAAUUUUAUUUGGACGGAUAUAUUUCGUUUUAGUUUAAUUAAUGAAUACAUUAUAUAAUAGACGUAUCAAUAUAAGUUUAAUAUACAUAGUUAGUAAGACCGGCUCGGCCGGAUGGCCCCCGUUCCGCGCAGGCUCCUCUGCCGCCUGCAGAGGGGUCUCAUCGGGUACUGGAGAGGCUAUUUCAAUCACAAAAGUUCUAGAAGGAAACAAAUGUAUUGUAACACUCCAGUUGUACAUAAUAUGGUAACUGUUUUUGUAAUACACUAAAUAAAUAUAAUGAAAUAAUA